AUGCAUUAUAGUUUUGUUCUUGUGGCUGCCCUUGCUGGGCAUGUCGCUGCCAUCCCUUGCCCACCCAAGUGGAUGGUUGACAGUCGCUCCUCAUGGAUCUCGGCUACUACCAGAUUGGACAAGGUUCGCGCUGCUAUGCCUACCUUGUAUCCUGGAGGAUCACCAGCUCCUCCUAAUGCUGCCGCUGCCGCUGCCCAAGCCACUACUACUACCGCUGGCACUGGAAACAAGUCUGCUGCGACCCCGUCAGCCACUAUUGGAAGUGACGAGGUAUCGUCGUCCGAGGCACCAGGUUUUUCUGCGACUUCAGCACCUCCUUCCGUUGCUUCUGGAGAUAGCACUGCUGAUUCCAGUACUCCGUCGACUGGGGAUGUGUCGGUGACGAGGACUACCACAACUAUCACCAUAACUCCCACAGCUCUUGAUACUGCUUCAGUCUCUGAUUCUGAUUCUGCCUCAGUCUCUGACUCUGCCUCAGCUUCUGAUACUGGUUCAGCUUCUGACACUACUUCAACCCCUGAUACUACAGCGGUCUCUGACGCUGCCUCGGUCUCUGAUACUACCUCAGCUUCUGAUACUACUUCAACUUCCGCCACUACUUCAACCUCCGAUACUACAGCGGCCUCUGGCGUUGCCUCGGUCUCUGACACUACUUCAACCUCUGACACUGCCUCAGUCUCUGAUGUUGCCUCAGUCUCUGGCACCACUUCAGCUUCUGAUACUACUUCAACGUCUGAUCCUGCUUCAGUCUCUGAUGCUACUUUAACAUCUGAUACUACUUCAGCCUCUGAUACUGCAUCGGCCUUUGGUGUUGCCUCAGUCUCUGAUACUGAGUCAACCUCCAAUACUGCUUCAAUCUCUAAUACUGCUUCGGGCUCUAAUGCUGCUUCAGUCUUUAACACUGCUUUGGGCUCUAAGGCUGCUUUGGUCUCCAAGGCUGCCUUAAGCUCCAAGACUGCUUUGGGCUUUGUUAAAGAUUCAGAUUUCCAUGCUACAUCAAUGGCAGCUACUUCUGCCGACAAAGAUACGGAAGAGGAUUCGGACCUGGACCGCCGGGACAAAAACACCGAUAACCCCGAAAAACAGACCGAUAAGGACGAAACUCUGGAAACAAGAACUCAACAAGCAAUUGUUAAGCUCGAGGAGGCGUACGAACUACAGGAGCUGUUCAAUAUCGCUAUACUCAAGUGGGGAGAAGCUCAAAGGGAACAAGAAAGGCUGAGAAAGGAUUUACGAAAGGCCGAGGUGGAAAUUGAACGCAGAGUAAAGGCUGCUGUUGAGUUUGCAAAGGAGGUCCAGGAAGACACCGAGGCGCUUCAAGACGAGGAUGAAGAAGAAAAUACAGAAAGCGAGAAGAAAACGAAGGAGAAAACGAACAAAGUUAACAAACGCGAUGAGGAUGAUGGCCGAGGAUGCGGAAAGAAGGUUAAAAGACGCGACAAGAAGAAUGGUUGCGGAUGCGGAAAGAAGAAUGGGAAACGCCAGGAACAGAUUGAUCCAGGUCUCGAGCAUGAGAAGCAGGAAGACAAGCUCUACGCUGGCAUCGGAAAGCAACUGGAAUCCGGUAACCAGAAGAGCGACCAGGAUGACAGACCCAUCUACUUGAUCACCGAGAAAUUCAAGGUUUACAAGUGUGUGAAACCCAACGGAUGCAAACUAUACGAUAUCCGCAAGAUUGGUGAUGGCAAAGGCAAAUGUCAACUGGGCACGACGAGGUACAAGGACAAGCUGCCUGAAGCGAAGAAGUAUUACAAGAUGGACUACAAGAAAGAGGUCAAUGACAGAAUCAAGGAUAUCCAGGAUAUAAUGGAGAAUGCCAGAGCAGAGGAGCGAACAGCAAUACCGAUCUUUGAGAAAAAGAGGCCCGAAAGGGAGAAGAAGGUAAAGGUCGAGAAGGAAGACAAGGAAGAUGUGAAGGAACAAGAUGUGAAGGAAGAUGUGAAGGAACAAGACGACAAGGAAAACCCUUUACUCGCUGAUGGAGACGAAAAGAAACAGUACGAACGUAUCUCGGCUCUCUACAUGCAAUACCGAGGCAUGCUCGUCAAAGCUAUUCAGAGAGAUCUCGACCCUGUUCUCUAUAACUCCAAGUAUGAGGAAGACAAGGAGAUGGCCGCCCAGUACCAAGAGGGUAACGAGAGGGAGCAGCGAAAGAGGCUGGGUAAACUCUACACAGACUACCGCUACAUGCUUGUUCCCAAGUGGCAGGAGAAGCUUGAUCCUAUCCUCUGGGCAAAUAAUUACUAA